AUGGUGUCCAGUUUCUUCAAUCUGACAAACGCCAUUGUCGGCGCCGGAGUCAUCGGGCUGCCGUACGCCAUGCGGCAGGCUGGGCUGCUGGUCGGCGUACUGCUGGUCGUCGCAUUGGCAGGCAUCGUGGACUGGACGCUGCGGGUGCUGGCGUACUGCGCGAAGCUGUCGGGCCGCAGCUCGUACCAGGGGAUGGUCGAGUACUGCUUUGGCAAGCCCGGGCUGGUCGCCAACUCGUUCUUCCAGGGCGCCAUGGCGGGCGGGGGCAUGGCAUCGUUUAUUGUUAUUGUCGGCGACACAUUGCCGCAUGUGCUUUCGGCGCUGAUGCCCUCGGUUAGCAAGACCGGGUUCGGCGCUGUGGUGUUUUCACGCCGGUUCGUGAUCGCCUUCUUUGUCAUCUGCAUGGCCUACCCGCUGUCGCUGUACCGGGACAUUGGCAAGCUGGGCAAGACCAGUGCCUUCGCCGUCGUCGCCAUGUGCACCAUCAUCGUGUCGGUGAUCAUCGAGGGCCCGCAGAUCGACCCGGAUCUCCGGGCAUCGCCUGGGACGCCGAUCGCGCUGGCCAACCCUGGGUUCUUCCAGGCCGUGGGCGUCAUCACCUUUGCAUUUGUGUGCCACCACAACAGCUUCAUGAUCUACGGGUCGCUAAAGAAGCCGACGCUGAACCGGUACUUUGAUGUCAUCCACAUGUCGACGGUAAUUGCAGGCAUCGCGAGCCUGGUGAUGGCUGUUUCCGGGUAUAUGUUCUUCAAGGACAAGACCCACGGCAACAUCCUCAACAACUUCCCGCAGGACAACUUUCUGAUCAACAUUGCGCGCUUCCUCUUUGCGCUAAACAUGAUCACGACGUUUCCGAUGGAGACGCUGGUGGCGCGCGAGGUCAUCGACUCGCUGUUCUUCCGCGACCGCGACUUCUCGAUGCGCCGGCAUGUUGUUAUCACCACGGCGCUGUGUUUGGCUGGCCUGAUUAUCGGCGAAACAGUGUGCAAUCUGGGGGUGCUGCUGGAGCUCACUGGCGGCAUGUCGGCGUCGUUCCUGGCUUUCAUCCUGCCCUCUGGCUGCUACCUGCGCCUGUCCUCGGCGCCCAAGCUCUCGCUCAAGAUGAUCCCCCACUGGCUGUGCAUUGCGUUCGGCUUCACAGUCAUGAUCCUGAGCACCGUGCUCAGCAUCAAAAACGCCGCGUCAAACAGAAAUCCGGUGGCCAGCUGCUGGCUGUGA